AUGUCCCGGGGGCAGACGGGAGACCAACCCAACUGCCAAACGAGAUCGAGGCUGCCUUUCCCCUCACCAGACCUGCUUGGGAUUUCAACACGGCUGAAGGUAGGGAACACCUACGUCUUUAUCGCCAGGGAGGUUCAGCUUGCUUCAGGAACGGUGACUCAUACCUUCCUGCAUGUACCAGAUUGCCCCUACCCCCUGCUAGGACGGGACCUUUUAACCAAGCUUGGAGCACACAUCUAUUUUGAAAAUAAGGGAGCCAAGAUUACUGAUUCUAAAGGAGCACCUAUACAAGUGCUCACCCUUAAAUUAGAAGAUGAAUAUAGACUGCAUCAUGAUCCCCAUCCUGUCCAAACAGGCAUAGAUCAGUGGCUGGCCAAGUACCCAGACGCUUGGGCAGAGACAGGAGGAAUGGGAUUAGCUACACAUCAGCCACCCCUAAUUAUUGAACUGAAAGCCACCGCGGCACCGGUGGCUGUUAAGCAAUAUCCUAUGACGGCCGAAGCCCGCCAAGGAAUUAGACCACAUAUUAAAAGACUGCUAGAGCAAGGAAUAUUAAUCCCCUGCCGGUCAGCCUGGAACACUCCUCUGUUGCCUGUUAAGAAACCUGGAAGCGGGGAUUACAGACCAGUACAGGAUUUAAGGGAAAUCAAUAAGCGGGUAGAAGAUAUCCACCCCACGGUCCCGAAUCCUUAUAACUUGCUGAGCACCUUGUCUCCUAGCCAUACUUGGUACACUGUAUUGGACCUGAAAGAUGCCUUCUUCUGUCUAAAGCUGCACCACCAGAGUCAGCCCCUGUUUGCCUUCGAAUGGAAGGACUCCGACCUGGGAAUUUCCGGACAGCUUACUUGGACACGGCUGCCACAGGGGUUUAAGAACAGCCCCACCCUCUUUGAUGAGGCCCUGCACCAAGAUCUGACUGCCUUCAAAACCCUCCACCCCCACCUGAUUCUGUUACAAUAUGUAGAUGACAUCUUGCUGGCGGCAGAGACACAGGAGAAGUGCCUAGCAGGUACGGAGGCUCUUUUGCAAGAAUUGGGACAGAUGGGAUACAGAGCCUCAGCAAAGAAGGCCCAGCUCUGCCAGAAAGAGGUAACCUACUUGGGAUACCGGCUGAGCGGAGGACAGAGAUGGCUGACAUCAGCUCGCCAGGAAACCAUCUUGGGCAUCCCAGCACCUCGUGAUCGCAGACAGGUGAGAGAAUUUCUGGGGACUGCCGGGUUUUGUCGCCUAUGGAUUCCAGGGUUCGCGGAAAUGGCAGCCCCCCUGUACCUCCUGACCAAGACAGAUGAACCUUUCAUUUGGGAAGACUGCCACCAACAGGCCUUCAAUAGCAUAAAGAAGACCCUGUUGGAAGCACUGGCUCUUGGCCUGCCUGAUCUAACCAAACCGUUUGAACUGUACGUGGAUGAAAAGCUGGGGUAUGCAAAGGGGGUCCUGACUCAAAAACUGGGGCCGUGGAGACGCCCCGUAGCUUACUUGUCAAAGAAACUAGACCCAGUGGCUGCCGGCUGGCCACCUUGUCUGAGGAUGGUGGCUGCCCUGGCAGUCCUGGUCAAAGAUGCUUCCAAGCUGACUAUGGGUCAGCCCCUUUACAUCCGGGCCCCCCACGCUCUCGAGUCUCUCAUCAAACAGCCCCUGGACCGAUGGCUCUCGAAUGCCCGAGUGACCCAUUACCAGGCUUUGCUCCUAGAUACAGACCGCAUCCAGUUUGGAGCCCCCGUCACCCUCAACCCUGCAACACUGUUACCGGUGGUGGAAGGACCUGACUCCCAAGCCGACCAUGACUGUCUUCAGGUCCUGGCUGAAGUCUUUGGCACUCGACCAGACCUCAGCGAUCAACCACUAGAGGGGGCAGAUUAUACUUGGUACACGGACAGGAGCAGUUUCCUUGCAGAGGGUAAGCGCUGGGCAGGGGCAGCGGUCACCUCGGACAACAAAGUAAUAUGGGCAGAACCCUUACCAGAGGGGACUUCCGCACAAAAAGCUGAGCUGGUGGCCCUGACACAGGCACUGCGAUUGGCGGAAGGCAAAAAGCUAAACGUGUAUACUGAUAGCCAAUACGCCGUUGCCACUGCACACAUCCACGGAGAGAUUUACAAAAGAAGAGGACGUCUUACUUAAGGAGGAAAAGAAAUAAAAAACAAAGCUGAGAUCAUAGCGCUACUAGAGGCCUUGUUCUUACCAAAAGAGCUCAGCAUUAUGCACUGCCCAGGCCACCAGAAAGGAAACCACCCUGAGGCAAGAGGAAAUCGUCUAGCUGACCAGACGGCCAGAGACAUUGCCUCCAAGAGCCAAAUACAAACCGCGCAAAUUGACACUGAACGCAAAAGGCAGGAGGCCACCAGAGACUACACUCCAGAGGACAGAAAAUUACUUGAGAAAAUUGGAGCUUUCAACAACCCAAAAACAGGAUACUGGGAGUACCAAGGGAAAACCGUCCUGCCUCAGCGAUCGGUGGAGGGACUCCUAGAUGAACUUCACAGGUGGACCCACUUGGGAGUAACCAAAAUGAAAAGACUAAUCGAGCGAGAAGAAACCAUUCAUUAUCUCCCAAACAAAGACGCCAUCCUACAAAAGAUUGUUAAGAACUGUAAAGCCUGUGCCCAGGUGAACUGGGGCAAAAAUAAAGCCCAAGGAGGAGUGAGGCAAAGAGGUCACAGGCCUGGGGUCCAUUGGGAAGUCGAUUUUACUGAAGUUAAGCCAGGAAUAUAUGGAUACAAGUAUCUGCUAGUUUUCAUUGACACCUUCUCUGGAUGGCCAGAGGCGUACCCGACGAAGACAGAAACUGCUAAAAUGGUGUCUAAGAAGCUACUGGAGGACAUCUUUCCUCGAUUCAGGAUGCCUCAGGUAAUAGGGUCAGAUAACGGACCAGCCUUCGUCUCCCAGGUAAGUCAGACAGUGGCCAGGUUACUGGGGAUCGAAUGGAAAUUACAUUGUGCUUACAGACCCCAGAGCUCAGGCCAGGUAGAACGAAUGAAUAGAACUAUUAAGGAGGCUUUAACUAAAUUUUCGUUGGCAACUGGCACUAAGGACUGGGUGACCCUCCUCCCCCUAGCCCUAUAUCGGGCCAGGAAUACUCCUGGGCCCAGUGGAUUAACCCCCUUUGAAAUUCUGUACGGGACCCCUCCCCCGGCUGUCUCUUUUCUUGAUCCAGACAUCUCUAACUUUGUUAGCACCCCUUCCCUGCAGACGCACCUGCGAGCGUUGCAGCUGGCACACGAAGAAAUCUGGAAGAUCGAAUGGAAAUUACAUUGUGCUUACAGACCCCAGAGCUCAGAUUCUGUUAACACCCCUAUUGCACCCCAUCCCUUUCAGCCCGGUGACACCGUCUGGGUCCGGAGACACCAGACUCGGAGCCUAGAGCCCCGCUGGAAAGGACCCUACACCGUCCUCCUCACGACCCCUACGGCCCUCAAAGUGGAUGGAAUUGCAGCCUGGAUCCACACUUCACAUGUUAAGGCAGCCGACCCUGCGCACCGAGAACCCUCGAGGGAAGGGCAAGAACAAUGGCGGCUGACCCGGACACCCAACCCCCUAAAGAUAAGACUGGUCAAAGAAAAAUGAUAAUCAUGUUACUCUGGGUAAAUCUAUUUACUUAUGAAUUUGCUCCCAGUAAUGGGAGCCCCCAUACAGCUGUGCCGACCACCUGGCGAGUAAUUAAUCAAAUGGGCAUUGUAGUGUUUGAAGUCCACAAAACGGCACCAAAAGACACAUGGUGGCCCACAUUGUAUCCAGAUUUGUGCAAGUUAGCCUUAGGAGUACCGGAGCCUUGGGACUUAGAAGGAACCCACGAUACUGUAAAGGCACCCAGCCUGGCAAUUCCU